GAUCCUUAUCAUGGUACAAUAGUACUAGCAACUGUGAAAGGAGACGUACAUGAUAUUGGCAAGAACAUUGUGGGAGUCGUUCUGGGCUGCAACAACUUCAGAGUUAUUGAUUUAGGAGUCAUGACUCCAUGUGAUAAGAUAUUGAGAGCUGCUGUUGAGAACAAAGCAGAUAUAAUUGGCCUAUCUGGUCUCAUCACCCCUUCUUUGGAUGAAAUGAUUUUUGUCGCCAAGGAAAUGGAGAGAUUGGCAAUAAAGAUUCCUUUGCUGAUUGGAGGAGCAACUACUUCUAAAACACACACAGCUGUUAAAAUUGCCCCACGAUAUAGUGCACCUGUAAUUCAUGUCCUGGAUGCAUCCAAGAGUGUUGUGGUUUGCUCCCAGCUCUUAGACAAAAGUUUAAAGGAUGAUUUCUUUGAAGAAAUAUCAGAGGAAUAUGAAGAAAUUAGACAAGAACACUAUGAGUCUCUCAAGGAGAGAAGAUACUUGUCUCUACAGCAAGCUAGAAAAAAAGGUUUCCAUAAUGACUGGUCAGGCCAUAAACCAGUUAAACCGAAAUUAAUUGGCACAAAAGUCUUUGAAGAUUAUGACCUGAAUAGACUGGUGGAAUACAUUGACUGGAAGCCUUUCUUUGAUGUCUGGCAACUUAGGGGAAAGUAUCCCAACCGGGGUUUCCCUAAAGUCUUUAAUGAUAAAACUGUAGGUGAAGAAGCAAAGAGAGUUUAUAAUGAUGCUCAAAAUGUACUGAAAACAUUGAUUAAUCAAAAGAAAUUACAAGCCAGAGGUGUGGUUGGGUUCUGGCCAGCUCAAAGUGUUCAAGAUGAUAUCCAUUUAUAUGCUGUAGAAGAGGCAGUGGGAUCUUCAGAACCAAUAGCAAAAUUUUAUGGCUUGAGGCAACAGGCUGAAAAGGACUCUGCCUGCACGGAUCCGUAUUACUGCCUGUCUGACUUCAUAGCACCACUGGAUUCUGGCGUUUGUGACUACUUGGGCCUGUUUGCUGUGGCCUGCUUUGGUGUAGAUGAAUUAUGCAAUGAAUUUAGGAAACAGGAUGAUGAAUACAACAUCAUAAUGGUAAAGGCUCUUGCCGAUCGGUUGGCAGAGGCAUUUGCUGAGGAACUCCAUGAAAGGGUUCGAAGGGAAUUCUGGGCUUAUUGUGGUACUGAGCAGCUAGAUCUCACUGACCUACGCAGAAUUAAAUACGAGGGAAUUCGCCCUGCGCCUGGAUAUCCAAGCCAGCCUGACCAUACAGAAAAACUCACCAUGUGGAAACUUGCAAACAUUGAGGAAACAACAGGAAUUGGUUUAACUGAAUCACUAGCAAUGAUACCUGCUUCUGCAGUUUCUGGCCUUUACUUUUCCAAUCCCAAAUCGAAGUAUUUUGCUGUUGGCAAGAUAUGUAAAGAUCAGGUCGAAGAUUAUGCACGGAGAAAAAAUUUGUCUGUGGCAGAGGUGGAGAAAUGGCUGGGACCCAUUUUGGGAUAUGAUACUGAGUAACUGUGACACCUGUGGGCGAAUGUUUUCUUUUGAUGUUCUAUUUGCCAGA